GGAAUAUGACAUAGAAUAAUAUUGGAUUAGGCCCUCUAAUUCAGUCUCCAAUAACCCAUUUUCCAAAGUUGGAUUUUAGACUGACACGAAAAUUUUUGGUUUAUAUAAUAGCCUUCUCACGCUACCCCAAUUCAUUUCCUUCUGUUCUAAUCACUCUCUUGAUCUCUACAGAUCUGAAGCAAUGUCCAAUGAGGUUGUUCUGUUGAAUUUUUGGCCCAGCAUGUUUGGGUUGAGGGUCAGAAUUGCAUUAGCAGAGAAGGGCAUCAACCAUGAGUACAAAGAAGAGGACUUGUUAAACUUAAACAAGAGCUCUCUGCUUCUGCAGAUGAAUCCAAUUCACAAGAAAAUUCCGGUUUUAAUCCACAACGGUAAACCGGUGUGUGAGUCCCUCAUAGUGGUGCAAUACAUUGAUGAGGUUUGGAAUGAUAAAUCCCCACUUCUGCCCUCUGAUCCUUACCAGAGAGCUCAAGCCAGGUUUUGGGGUGAUUACAUUGACAAGAAGAUGCAAAGUGGUGGGUGGAAAACAUGGAGAUUGAAAGGAGAAGAACAAGAAGUGGCAAAGACAGAAUUCAUUGAAACCCUUAAGGUGUUGGAAGCAGAGCUAGGAGACAAGCCUUACUUUGGGGGUGAGAACUUUGGGUACGUUGACGUCGCACUUGUUCCAUUUUAUUGCUGGUUUCAUGUGUAUGAGACCUUUGGCAAAUUCAGCAUAGAUGCAGAGUGUCCCAAGCUGAUGGCAUGGGCUAAAAGAUGUAUCCAAAAGGAAAGCGUGUCCAAUUCUCUUCCUAGCCAGCAAAAGGUCUAUGACUUUGCAUUGCAGGUGAAGAAGAGACUUGACAAGGAGUAGAUGGUAGAGAAGAAUGAGAAGAUAUAAUAUGUGCAAACAUUUUACGUAUGAGUCCUUGUAGUUUGUUAAUUUGGGGUUUAUUUUUACAUAUUGUAACAAAAAGGGACACCCAAGUGUGUCUUGAACAUUUGCAAUACCUAAAAGAAUUGAUCAUUAGAAAUAA